CGACAGACACCGGGGCUCUCCGAUGGCAGACUACGGAGCGAUAACGCGUAAAAUUACUGCUUUGACUUUGGCCGUUUUUGUCGACCUGUCGCUGUUUUACGCAGCGGGGUUUGGCGAGAAAAGGCACAGUGUCUAUGGAAACCUUGCGCGUCUUUGGGUUGUCGCAGUUCUCCGGUGCUUGGCGCUAGUCGCCGUGUCCCUGUUCACGCUGGGACCCCUCAAACCGGUCCUAAUUCGUUUCAUAGCGGUGCACAGUCUCCUCGCUGCUGUUGCUGAGACUGGGAUCAAGCUGCUGUACGGGCUCAAUGUGGAGAGUGCAUGUGGAUCAGUGGCGGAUAUGCGCUCCUGGCUGAUGUGCGCCGGAGCGUCACUAGCGGCUGCUUUGUUUUGGGAGCUCACCAUCCCGGACAGCAACGGUGAAGCCGCCGAGAAAGAGAGUAAACAGAAGGCCAGGGUGCUGUUUAUGAGAGUCCUCUUCAUGUACAAACCCGACUGUGCUCUGCUGCUCGGAGCAUUUGUGUUCCUGUCACUUGCUGCCAUCUGUGAGAUGUCCAUCCCAUUCUACACUGGAAAAGUCAUUGACAUCCUGGGCAGUCAGUACCAGUCUAGUGAAUUCCUCUCAGCUGUCUUCUUCAUGGGCUUGUACUCAAUGGGAGGCUCUCUUGGUGCAGGCUGCAGGGGGGGUCUCUUCCUCUGUGCCAUCAGUAGCUUCACAUGCAGAGUGAAAGUCAUGUUGUUUGGGGCUCUGACCAAACAGGAAAUUGGAUUCUUUGAGGCCAUAAAGACAGGUGAAAUCACAUCGAGGCUGUCCAGAGACACCACCCUGAUGGGAAGAACGGUUCCUCUUAACAUCAACGUGCUGUUGAGGACAUUCAUCAAGACUGUGGGCAUCAUCUCCCUAAUGAUGAAUCUCUCAUGGAAGCUCACCUUCCUCGUGCUGAUGGAGACGCCCGUCACUGCCCUGCUACAGAACAUCUACGACACACACUAUCAGAGACUGUCCCAGGAAGUGCAAGACUCGAUAGCUCGGGCAAAUGAAGCAGUGAGUGAGGUGGUGUCUAGUAUUCGGGUAGUACGGAGUUUCAAAACAGAACAAGGCGAGGCCCGUCGCUAUGAAGACCGCUUGAUGGACACACACAUCCUCAAGACCCGUCGGGACACUGUCAGGGCUGUUUACCUGCUUGCACGGAGGCUGACAGGGUUGGGCAUGCAGGUGGCCAUGUUGUACUAUGGCAGACUCUUCAUCCGGAGGGGUCAGAUGACCACUGGAAACCUGGUUUCCUUCAUCCUCUACCAGUCAAACCUCGGCGACCACAUCAGGACACUGAUCUACAUCUUUGGCGACAUGUUGAACUCUGUGGGGGCUGCUGGGAAAGUGUUUGAGUAUCUGGACAGAGAGCCUCAGGUCAGCUCAGAGGGGACACUCGCGCCUGAUCACCUCAAAGGACACGUCAGAUUCUGCGACCUCACCUUCUCGUACCUUUCACACUCCAAUAAAACAGUGCUGCAGGACUUUUCUCUGGAGCUGAAACCAGGUCAGAUGGCAGCACUGGUGGGUCCAUCUGGAGAGGGAAAGAGCACAUGUGUGAGCUUACUGGAGCGAUUUUACGAGCCUCAGAAAGGAAUAAUCCUAUUGGAUGAUCAACCACUGCAAUCCUACGAGCACCGUUACCUUCACAGGAAGAUAGCCGUGGUGAGCCAGCAGCCUGUGCUUUUCUCUGGCUCCAUCAGAGAAAACAUAGCCUAUGGCCUUACUGACUGCUCACUGGAUGAGAUCCAGGAAGCAGCGCGCAACGCUAAUGCCCAUGACUUCAUCAUCAACCUGGAGAAAGGCUAUGACACAGAGGUGGGUGAGGGAGGUGGCCAGUUAUCCAAGAGUGAGAGGCAGCGUAUUGCCAUUGCCAGAGCCCUGGUGAGACAGCCACAGAUCCUCAUCCUGGACGAGAUCACCAGCUCUCUGGACAGCGAGAGUGAAACCAAGGUUCAGCAGGCCCUGGCUUGUAAUCCAAACCAGACCCUGCUGGUGAUCGCUCACAGGCUGAAGACCAUUGAGAAUGCGCAUCAGAUUGUUGUGAUUGGUGAUGGGAAAGUUCAGGAGUGUGGGACUCACCAGGAACUAAUGCACAAGAAAGGGAGUUACUACAAACUGAGAGAGAAGCUCUUCACUGAGGCAAAUACACCAUAGUGAACAAAUGCUGUCACUCUGCGUGUGAUGUGUUGUGAUACUGUGAUGCUUAGUGACAGAAACAAAUAUAUCUAUAGUAUAUCUUUAACAGCACCACAUUAGAUAGAGACUUGUUCACUCUUCAGUGACCAAAAACAAGUCUGUAAUGUGUCAGCGUCAUAGAGAUAAUAACAGCAAGAUACUACAGGUAAAAAACUUGGAUCACAAAAACUUGGAUCAGUAUAAGUUUUUUUUCUUGUCUUUUCUUUUUUCCGCUUGUUUUUUUUUUUUUUUUUUUACCAGAGAGGAUACAUUUGUUGGGAUUUUUUUUUUUGUACUUCACUUUUGGCCUGAAUGGAAUAUGCUAUGUUAAUUUAAGACAACAAAAUGUCAGUGUGAAAGGUUAUGAAUCCAUUAAUGUCCCCUAAGUUGUUUUACUUGGUCUAAUGAUCAGUUUUCCAUUUCCUUUGUGUGUUUCAAACAGAUGAAUAAUAAUAAUAAAAAAAAAAAAUCGACCAAAAUUGUGCGUUGUAUCAGGAACAGACUGACUGACGUUUGAUUGUUUGAUUGUCUGAGCAGAAACACACUUGAGAAAAAAUAACUGAUAUGGAAAAUAAAUGAACAUUGGUGCACUGAAAGACCAUAAACCUUCAUUUAUUAGGUUACUUGUAGCAAUGGUUACUUGAUAGGUAAACUACUACCCAAUUACAAGAUUGAUAGUAGAGUCAGACAGGUUUGUCAGCGCCACCCCUGGCAGGAGUUCAGCCAAAUCUGACUUUAAUAUGUCUGUUGAUUUGGGCUUAAUCAAGCCUUGUUGACGUGAUU